UUUUUCUAAUAAUUUGGUGCAGGAGGCGGCGAUGGUGGCAUCACCGGCUAGGGAGGAAGCUGCUGCAGCUAGGAACGUCAAGGCCAAGCAAGCACGACAGCAGCAGGCUUCAGGGGGAGAGUGUAAGCCGCGACCCCAGCACGAGCAGGCACUCCACUGCCCACGCUGCGACUCCACCAACACCAAGUUCUGCUACUACAACAACUACAGCACGACGCAGCCACGCUACUUCUGCAAGGCCUGUCGCCGCUACUGGACGCAGGGCGGCACCCUUCGCAAUGUCCCCGUCGGCGGCGGCUGCCGCAAGAACAAGCAUAACCGUGCUGGGGGCUCAGGCGGAUCCUCCUCCUCAGCACCAUCUGCAUCGUCCUCCAGCUCCAGUGACUCCAAGAAGGUGAACCUCAAGCAACAACUGAUGACGAUGAUGCCUACUGCUGCUGCUGUGACAGUCGACUUCCCCAACGUGCUCCCGACAUUCAUGUCUACAUCAGGCGGAGGCUUUGAGCUCCCCAGUUGUGACCACCAACUGCCUUUCGCGCCCUUAUCUUUGUCGCCCAACCCUGCAAUGAUGUCAUCAUUCCUGGACAUCCUGAGAGUAGGGUUUCUUGACGGCAGCAGCAACAACAACUAUGGCACUGGAAGCAAUAUGAAUAACGGGAUGGUGCUGCCAUUUCUUCCGCCAUCACCGUUUGGUGCGAUGCAGCAUGGCCAUGGGAUGAUGGGUGACCAGCAGCUGGUGGGGGCCUUGCAGGGUGUGGAGGAAGUGAAGCCCAUGGCUACUGAGCAUGGGAACAUCAACAGCGACGGUGGUUUGUUUGGUGGUGGAUCAACAAGUGGAGGAGCAGCGCAACAGGAGCAGCAAAUUGCUAGUGGUGAUGGUGGCAACAGAAGCAACAAUAACAACAGGGCCGCCGAGUACUACUGGCAAGGAGACCUCGCCAACAACAGCUCCCUCAACUGAUGAUGUAGGUGCACCAAUCACCAUGCAAUGCAGCAGCAGCAGCAUCGUGAGAAAAAAAUAAGCAAAUAAGGAAGAGGAACCCAGAAUCCCAUGAGAUUCAGUACUCUUAAGUAGUGUAGUAGUUAAUCAGAGUGACAAUGCAUUUGUGGUCACGAUGUCAAGUCAUCGUGCAUCACAUUUUUCUUCUUCAUAUCCGUGCAUGCGUUAUA